AUGUCACGCAAAGCCCAUAAUAUUAGCUCUGAGCGUUUGUUGAUCACAGGCGUCACUGGUUACAUCGGGUUCAAGACGCUCACGAUUGCUCUCAUAAGAGGAUACCGUGUUCGCGCUGUCGUCCGAAGCGAGCACAAUGUCAACGAACUAAAAGAAAAGAGUACGAUUAUCGCACAGAGUCUCCAUAAAAAGCAACUCGAGUUUGUUGUUAUUCCAGAGUUUCUUGAAACAGAUGCAAUUUUCCAGUCCCUCGAGGGAAUCACUGUCAUCAUUCACCUUGCAUCGCCUUUAGCAAUUGAGACCGAUGAUUACGAUGUUGGAGUUGUUAAGCCAGCCAUCUCUAUGGUGACUACUGUUUUAGAAGCAGCCACUCGAGUGACAUCAAUCCGCCGCGUAAUCUUGACAUCUUCAUGCGUCACCCUAAUCCCAUUUGAAUGGAAUCUCAACCCCGACAGCCAACGAUUGUAUAUAGCGGAGGAUGUGAAUACCAGUGUCACUGGUCCUUUCUCGACUGCAAUGGAAGCUUAUUGGGCAUCCAAAGCUCUCGCAAGAGUUGCGACCAAAGCGUUUGUUAACCAUGCGCGCACGAAAUUCGAUUUUGUCAAUCUCCUACCAUCAGUGGUAAUUGGACCAGACGACCGCCUUGAUGCAGAUCCAACUGCAACGGUUGACAGCCUCCUCCAGGGGACGCGGGCAGCAGUUCUUGCUCCAGCACUGACAUCCUCGCUUAACUCUUCAUUCCCCUAUGUUGGAACACCAGUUCAUGUUGCCGACGUUGCGCGCGCACAUGUUGAUGCGGUAGAUGAUGGUUUGGUCCCUGGAAAUUCUGAGUAUAUUCUCUCUUCUGAUACUCCAGAUGGAGUGCUCUGGGAUAGGGAUGUUCAAAAUGUCUGUAGGAAGUUCUUUUCGAAAGAGGUGACUAAUAAAAGCCUGCCGCUGGAAGGGUCUUUGACUGCAAUAAAAUGGAGGCUGAGUGCCCAAAAGACGGAGGAAACAUUUGGUUGGCAGUUUACCGGGUUCGAGGAGACUGUGAGACAACUUCUUGCGCAGUAUUUGCAGCUUAAAGACAGGUCAUUAAAAUGA